AUUUAUUUUGCAUCACAUCGUACAUUUUACUUUGUCAUUUUAUUUCAUUUUGCCUUUUAUAUGACUAGUGCCUUUAUUGCUAAAUUGUCCUGUUCCCUCGGCCAGUACAUUCCAUUGUACCUACAAAUGACUAAAAACUUGAAACUUGAACUCUAAUAAUAUACUCAUUUCAUAUUAAAUAGCAACUGUCAUAUAGUGCUUUACUGUCGCCUUGUGGAAACAGAGUAUGUAAUUGUGUCAAGGAAGACAUUUCAAUCAAGUGAAUGCCUUUAUAACAUAAAAUAAAACAGUCCAUUAUUCCCCGAAUAUCAGAACUACAAAACUACACAGUCAAGUCCGCUUGCAGUGCGAGCCGAUGGGGAGCCAAUGGCAUUCGUGCGCUGUGUUGCGUGUCAUAUCUGCCCAAUUGGAGCGUAGCGCGAUGAUCUCAAGUUAGUAUGAUUCUUUCAGGCACCUCUGUUGAGAGAAACGUUCACGUAUAGCCAAAUGUCGUCAGUGUUUUCACCUGUUUAGAGACAUACUUUUUAUUUCUUAAUUUGUCUAUGGCACAACACAAACGUGUUCAUUCGGAAGUCAGCUGUUAAAGGGAUGAAAAGGCUAAAGAAGAAGAAACAAAACGCUGGAGUUGGAGUGAAUGGGAAUGGAUCUGUCACAAGAGAACCACAUUGUGGAAGAAAACAGAAGUUGGCUGAGAUUCAUCAGGCUUUGAUCAGUGAUCCAGUGGACAUUGAGACCUUGAGGAGAGCAGCAGCCAGUAAGGGAGGACUGCUCACUGAUGAACUGAGGAGGAAAGUCUGGCCCAAACUACUGAACAUCAAUGUGUAUGAUCUACCCCAUAAACCUGGUCGAGAUGUGAGGGAGAACCACAAGGACUACAACCAAGUAGUCCUGGAUGUCAGGAGGUCCAUGAAGCGGUUCCCUAAAGGUAUGCCAGCCACAGAGAAAGCCAUUCUUCAGGAGCAGCUGAUUGACAUCAUACUGGAGGUUUUGAAAUGCAGCCCUCAGCUCCAUUACUACCAAGGCUACCAUGAUGUGGCCGUCACUCUGCUGCUGGUAGUUGGGGAGCGGAUGGCCAUCGCCAUGCUGGACACUCUGUCCAAUCACCAUCUCAGGGAUUUCAUGGAUCCUACCAUGGACAGCACUAAACACAUUUUAAAUUAUCUGAUGCCUAUAUUGGAACAGCUUGAUACAGAACUACAUGAGUUCAUGAUCAGAGCGGAGGUGGGAACCAUCUUCGCACUAUCCUGGCUCAUUACUUGGUACGGCCACGUGCUGUCAGACUUCAAACACACCAUGAGACUCUACGACUUCUUCUUGGCCUCACACCCACUGAUGCCCAUUUACCUGGCCGCUACGGUAAGAGGGAAUUUGAUUGUGUUGUACAGAGAGAAGGAGGUGAAGACGACUGAGUGCGACAUGGCCAUGGUCCACCACCUCCUCUCCCGCAUCCCCCAGGACCUCCCGUAUGAACUCCUGAUUGGCCAGGCCCAGGACCUGUUUGACCAGUACCCUCCAUCUCUACUGGCCAAGCGGGCAGCACUGCAGUCUCGCAAGAGUCUGUCCAUCAACACCUUCCAGGCGUUUCAACUCUCCACCCUCCACCAGAGGCCCGACUCAGUUCUCCAACGCCUCACCAAGGCCCAGGGCUCCACCACCUCCAGACACGCCUCUCGACACUCAGGACUGGAAGCAGCUUUGCCCCGAGAUGGCGGCCAGCUGUGGGGGAAGGGGAACACGAUUGUGAAGAUGGCAGUGUGGGGGCUGUCCGCUACACUCGGGGCGGCCGUGUUCGCUGUGGCUCAGACAGCUAUGGACUGGGGACCUGAGGUGUUACUCCAACUGUUCUGACGUGGCGGUGGGAAUUAAGACUGUUAGACACACACACACAUGACGACUGCAGACACAUAUCUGCUCUUCAGAUAGAUACAAUUAAAAAAAGAUUACACACACAAACAAAGACGGUGAAGACUUGAAGCUUAUCUCUCCUGCUGAGAGGAAACGUUGCAGGAAAGUAGGAGGAGGUCAGUUAUCUUGGUGCCAAACAGGUUGUUGCUACUCAACCACACUGAACAUAUGUUAGAUACUAGCCAGCCUCAGGAUGUGUGUCAGCAGGUUUAUGUGUGUUGUCUGUGUCUGAGCGGCUACCCCAGACCUUACACCACAUGUGAGCAUGGAUGGAUAACUGAACAAGCCUACCGGGGCCUCUGACCGCUUGGACCUUUUGGGCCAGAGCCUCUGUAUGAAGUGACUGUUUGCUUUAUGGGUCAUUGAAACCACCACAAAUACCCACAAAACAACCACUAAGAGAUGCAAAGUGACCACAAAGAGACACAAAACAACCAAAAUGAGGUGUAGAACGAUCACAAAGAGAGGCAAAAUGACUACAAAGAGACACAAAACAACUACAAAAUGACCAAAAACAAGAUGUUAACGCAUUGUUUUGCAGUCUUUUUGUGUCUCUCAGUCUGGGGGUCUUGCUCCUAUGUAAGAGGGGUGGGGGCCUUUUACAUGUUUGUGCCCAGGGGCCCAUUGUCUCAUUAGCCAUCCAUGCAUGUGAGACACUAACACAUCUUGCUUUUUCAGGCUGUUGCUCACGGUACCAUCAGUGUAACAUUUUACAUUGUGUGUUUGCUGUUAGCUGAUUAUUUAGCUGAUAACUCGUUUUUAGACUGUCAUGCUUGUUUCGUUGCAUUUCUGUUGACAGUGUUUUAGUGCGCUUGUUGGAUCAGCAGCCAUAUCUGAGAGCCAAAAGUGCCCUUAGCCAGCACGAUAACACAUGAAUACAAAUUAUUAAAGAGCGGUGUUUUCUGCUGAAAGCUUCCAGUUAUGAGCAAAGAAGGAUAGCAGGGGAGAAACGGGAAAGAUGGAGGGAGUGAUUUUGCCUGUGAGCCACUGGUAUUAAUUGCUUUACUCCAGGUGUCAGCGAGUUACAUUUACAGUCGAGUUUGACGCACAAGAUGAGUUGCUGCUGCCCCAAAAUGUAAACAUUACACAUGGUUAGCACGCUGCACUCAAUGCAAGCAGUGGGCCUUUUGCAGAUGCAUUUUGCAGGAGUUAUAGAAAUAUUGUUAUGUUUUAUUUUUUUCUGAAGACGUUUUCUGGCUGUUGUGGUAGCGUACCACUGCUGAAUGAAUAUGGGGAAGAGACCAGUACUUUUACGUUCUUAAAAUAUUUAAGAGGUUUGGGUUUGCGCUAACAUCCACACUGAGCAGUCAGCAACAGAACUACAGUACAUGGACUCAGUUCUUCUCCUUCAUUAUCUUUCUCUUCAGCAUUUUACAGCUACUGUGAUUAGUUUAACAUAUGUGAAAUUGGGUUUUUAUUUUUCUUGUAGUGAAAGAAGUUACACCUACCUGCAUCACACACCCUGUAAAUAUUGUUGGACCAAACAUAAUCACUGAGUUUGGAAAGUGAAUAUUAAUAAUACAGGCUGUUUCCAACUGAGGUACAUACAUAUUUACAGGGCACAGGGGUUUCUCCAAACAGCAAUCCAUGUUCUGUGUGCCGACCAAUAUUCUGAAAUAUUCAUCAGCUUUUACCAGCAUGUUGCCGAGUUGCAUCUGUUAACACAACUUCACUGGAGUCAGAGCACUCUCAUCCCUCCUUUCUCCGUCAUCAGAUAUGCAUUUUUGGCAUCUUCGCAGGAAGUCAGAUUGGAUGGGAAGUUUACCCUGUUGAUUUUAGUUGCUCUUUAGUGUAUGAAUUCAACUGAUUUGUGCUUUUUUUUGUACAAAAUUACUGUAGUACAUGUGUAGUACAAAUCUAGGGUACUCAAUUUCUAGCCUCAGGGCGAUCUGAGAAGGAUUGCAGAGGUGAGUAGUUAACAAACCGGUCAAUCAAUCUAUCACUCCAUUAGUAGUUAGUGUCAGGCAUUCUUCAGAAAAUGCCAAUUGCUGCAAUUUUGAUUGUUGAUAAUCAUUCAAUGAUUUUAUUAGAGAGUCAAUAAAUCAAUUAAUGGCCUGUAACUCAGGUUGUCAGCUGGCCUGCAAGCCAGUUCAGACAUCUAGUCAGUCAGUAAGCUGUAGUGGUUGUUCGAAUAGACCUCUGCAUGUUCCACUUUUCCUUCUGACAAGCUGUACAUCAUUACGUGUGUGUGUGUGUGUGUGUGUGUGUGUGUGUGUGUGUGUGUGUGUGUGUGUGUGUGUGUGUGUGUGUGUGUGUGUGUGUGUGUGUGUGUGUGUGUGUGUGUGUGUGUGUCCGUGUGUCCGUGUGUCCGUGUGUGUGUCCGUGUGUCCGUGAUUAAUUGCAAUAACAGGCUGGGCAUCUGUGUUUUUGUUUUGUUAGGGUACUAGAGGUGGCUCAAUAUAAACUGUCAUCAGUCUAAUUAUUUAUUUUCAGAGGAACAAUCUGAUUGGCUUUUUAUUUAAUGGUGAAACUUUUAAUUGGAUUUUAUGAAUGUGUGGGGCAGUAAAAAAUGAUUAUUAUGGUUUUUAAUCACCAGUGUGAGGUUUAUAUUUUCAAAGGUGAUCCAGUUAUUUUACAUAUAAAAUACUGUCUUUAUGAAUCACAGUAGUUCAGCAUUUUUGGAAACAUGCUUGAUGGUUGUCUUGCCGAGAGUUAGAUAGUUAGAAGGUUGAUACCACUCUAGGGUUUAAAUUAAAGUACGUUAAAUAGGCUACAGCCAGCAGCCCGUUAGCUUAGCUUAGCACAAAGACUGGAAACAGGAGGAACAGCUAGCCUAUGUUUGGCUCAUGCGCCAGCUCACUUUUAAGAUUGAAAUAAUACAUUUCAGGGAACAUUUACAGGCGUAUGCUGCAUGGUUGGCAUUGAUGUGCCUCUUGCUGUUGUUACACAAACGCCUUGUUCUGCAGUGAAGUUACCACUGGCUGUGUCUCUGCUGUGCUUUUAAAGCAAUAGUAUGCAUUUGUGCAUCUAUGAUGCUUGAUAACAGGCAAUUGAUAUAAAACUGUUUUAUUAAUUUUUAAAAAGCAGUUUUUGCAUGUAUUCCUUGCUUGCACUUGAUUGGCUGCCUAAGACAUAAAAAUGCAGGGAAAACCACCUUUGACCAGGGUCUUGGAUCUUCAGACAUUAGUCAAGAAGCAGUUGUAUUAUUAGUGCAAUGUAGAACAACACACUCAUACAGGGAGAGAGUGGUGGUGGUGCCAGAUCAUAAUGAGGAUUUAAUUCCUGCCUCUGGCUCUUGGCGUGCUUAAGACACUUUCUCCUUGUUUUUGUUUUUUUCUCACAUUCACACUCAAACACUUACACCAACACCUGCACUGGUCUCAGUCUGGCAGAGGCAUUAGAUAACAUGGAUACAUGAUUGUAGGAUGUUACUUGGGUUUAAUGAAACCAACCAAGAUGUAAAAGAAAGAAGAUGGAUGCUGUCAAUUCUAAAGUUGACUAAAGAGAAAAGUUUUAUUUCCAGGUUUAGGGCCAUAAAAGUCAUGAAAAACUCUUCUAGAAGAAGUAAAUGUAGAAAUAGAAGUGCAAUGAUUUACUUGUAUUAGCUCUGUUGAUAGUAAUUUAGAUAUUUCACAUUUAAUCAAUGCUUUUUUAGUUGCAUUUCAUUUAUUUUGUUGUCUCACUUGAUAUCAGGCUACAUCUGCAAAGAUUUUUAAGGCUAUUUUGUAUUCCACCUACUAUCAGUUCUGUCAAAACUAUUUGCCACAUAAACAAACAAAAUCAAAUAGAAGAUUCAUUACAGAAAGUUUUAAUAAUUUGAACAGAUCUGCUCAGGUUUUAAGUUGAUUAUGAAACGAGUGAUACAUUAUUAUUAUUUUUUUUGGGGGGGGUCAUUUUUAGGCCUUUAUUUUCACAGGACAGAUGAAGACAUGAAAGGGGAGAGAGAGGGGGAAUGACAUGCAGCAAAGGGCCGCAGGUCGGGGUCGAACCCGAACCCGUGGCCGCUGCGUCGAGGAGUAAACCUCUAUAUAUGUGCGCCUGCUCUACCAACUGAGCUAACCCGGUCACGAGUGAUAACGUCUUUUGAAACAGAUAUUUAGAAACCUACUCAUUUUGCUGCUGUUAAAUGAAAAUCGAGGAAUAGGAUUUAUUUCCGUAGCUGGAUGCAGUGGGUGUAAUUUGCAACUACUCAUUAGGUUUGUUUUUAACCAAAAACACAUUUUUUGUAAUCUAAACAACUUGAAUUUCAUGCCAAACUAUGAAUUCACGUUGGUGUGAUGAAGGGCCUGGAGUUGAACUCCCAGUGAGCUUGUGAGCCUCUCAUGACUGCUCUGUCAUCCCCUCAGGUCUGAAAUUGUUUUCCCAAAAGAUUUUAUUGCACCAAAUGCUUUUACAGAUAAUGAUGUAAGCCCUCAAUUUCUAUGUGUAUGUAUGAUUUCUGUGGGCAUUUUAAUGCAUGUUUCUCAUAUCAUGAGUACCAAACAUUUGGUACAACCAUCAGGUUGUUUGCACCUUGUACUUAUAUACUGCUAUAUAAGCUGUUUUUGUCUUUGAGGUAAAACAGCGAAUAAAUGAUUAAAGUAAAAAAAAA